UUCAUUAUUAUAUUUAUUAUUACUAUUUUUUUCAGAAUGAAGUUAAUAGAGCGUUAAACUUAAUGCAAAAUAUGCAAUAUAAUCCGGAUGAACCAGCUUUAUUCAUAGCAAGGCCAAACCAUUGGGAUAUUCCACCUGCCAACGUAGAUCAAAGAAAUGAUCAAGUAUUACCUAUACUCCCAAAUGAUCUCAUUAAUGAAGUCUUGCAAAUGGAUAAUAAUCAUUUGGGAGUAUUAGUCAAUGGAGCUGAGGCAAUAUUAUUAUUAGCAGAGGAGCCAGCUCCACGCCCUGUGCCAGAACCAGCUCUACACCCUAUACCAGUACCAGCUCCACGCCCUGUGCCAGCACAGGUUGAAAGACUAGUACCAGCUCCACGUCCUGUGCCAGCACAGGUUGAAAGACUAGAACCAGCUCCAUGGAUCCGUGUCCGAACUAACCCAAGGAGGGUGGAUCCGGCACAAGGUGCACGCCCUGUUCCAGCACCGAGACGAGCACAUGUUGCUAGAUUACAGCCAGCUCCACGCCCUGUACCAGCACAGGUUGAAAGACUAGAACCAGCUCCAUGGAUCCGUGUCCGAACUAACCCAAGGAGGGUGGAUCCGGCACAAGGUGCACGCCCUGUUCCUGCGCCUGCACUACCACCGAGAGUUGCGCGGCAACCAGCACCCGCACUACCACCGAGAGUUGCGCGGCAACCAGCACCCGCACUACCACCGAGAGUUGCGCGGCAACCUGCACCCGCACUACCACCGAGAGUUGCGCGGCAACCAGCACCCGCACUACCACCGAGAGUUGCGCGGCAACCAGCACCCGCACUACCACCGAGAGUUGCGCGGCAACCAGCACCCGCACUACCACCGAGAGUUGCGCGGCAACCAGCACCCGCACUACCACCGAGAGUUGCGCGGCAACCAGCACCCGCACUACCACCGAGAGUUGCGCGGCAACCUGCGCCUGCUCCAUGGAUUCGUACCGGAACUCACCCACAGAGGAUAACUCCACCACUAGCUCCACGCCCUGUGCCGGCAUCAAGGCGCUCCAUACUCAUUCCAGCUCGUCGUUUGAGGACUACAGCUCGUCAACGCCUUACAAAAGCGAUGAAGGCCUGGGUAACAGCCUCAUCCAAAAAGAGACGUUAGAUUUCAUGUUCAUCUUUUUUUUUUCACAUUA